AUGAAGUCAACUGACAGCUUGUCGGAAUACGGGAAGUCUUAUACGUACUUAGACAGCGCUAGAGAUGAGUAUUAUGAUCGUCUAAAGUUCAGAAUACAAAAGCGAAACUCAGAAUACUCACACCAACCAUUUUUGUGGGAGGACUUAGAAAAUCUUCAUCUACGGGAACCUGAGGUGUCACAUCUUGGGAAUAUUUCAUGCGAUGCAACUGAAAACAGUGGAGACGAUGAUAUUGCGGUGGAUGGCCCUGUCAAUCUUCCUGAUGACAUAGUGACAGACGAAGGUGAUGGACAGGAAGUAGAUGAAGGCAGUCUUAACCAAAAUAAGAAAGAAGUUGGCAUUCAAACUCAGAGAUUGUGUCUCCAGAAGACGAUUGAACAACCCAAGGCUUUCGUACCUUAUGCAAUUGGGGGUUCACCUGCUCCGACGUCUGGUGUUAAGAGGACAUUUAACGUUAAGUCCGAAAGAGACGUUUAUCCCUCUGCUGUUCGAGCUGGAAUUCGUCGUAGAGAAAGGCUGAUGGGUUUGGAUCAGUUUAAUUCAUCAAACUCCAAAAUGUCUUCUGAAGUUGUUGCACCAAAAUCACGUCUUUCGAAAAAUAAAACCAGCCCUCAGUGCAAAACUGACAAGAAAUAUGUGCGUGUUCCGCGAAAAUCAGCUGUAGGGACCGUCAGUACAUCCCGAUUAUCUGGUUCGGCUGCUUCGUAUUCUGAUCUGAGUAAUAACGGUCCACAACGUGAGAAUACAUGGAGUUCUGAGUACAUUCAAAGAUAUCCAUUAUAUCCAUCUUCAGUGUAUGUCCGUAGUGCAUCUGUCGCUGCAGGUCGUUGUCGUCCACUUUCUUUUUCACACAAACGACCAUCAUCUUCCUUCCAAGAAAGUUUGGUUCCAUCUACACCAGUACUGUUAAGUUGUCGUGGUUCUAACCCUGCUCCUAAAAGUAGUCGGGCAACUCGCUGUGAUAUUUGCUCAUUUAUAGAUCCCAGUGGGAAAUGUGCAGGUCCGUUGCUUCGCGCACAUUAA